AUGAAGCCAACAGACUAUCCCGACAUACAGGAUCUUCGAAAAGCUAUAACACCGGGCUGUUUUCUUCCCUGUCCGCAGACCUCUCUCUACUACAUCUCCAGAGACAUCGUGGCGUCAGCAGUACUAGUUUACUUCGCCUUGAACUACAUCAGAGAAGAUCAACUCGGGCAGACUCUGUCCUUCAUAGCUUGGGGAGCAUACUCAUUCCUCCAAGGACUUAUCUGUACUGGGAUCUGGGUACUGGCUCACGAGUGCGGUCAUGGGUCACUCUUUGUCUCGACAAAGCUGAACGACGGAAUUGGAUCUGUACUUCAUUCCUUUCUGAUGGUACCGUACUUUUCCUGGAAGUCCACUCACCGGCGCCAUCAUCGGUUUACCGGGCACGCAACUCGGGAUGUCGCCUUCGUGCCAGCCAUGAAACCAGUCGAUUCUGAUGGAGACAUAUUCUCUCCUUCGGGGUUCAUGGAAGAUUCCGAUGUUCCAGUCGUUCAAGCAAUCUCGUUGCUAGGACAGCAGCUAUUCGGUUGGCCUCUACAUGCUUUCUUCAAUCUGUCUGCUGGUAAAGACAGUCUCCUGCGAGAUGUUUCUGGAACCGAGCGUUGGCUGAGAGUCAGUCUCUUUGACCCUUGGAGCUCUGUUGUUAGGGAUAACGAAGCAUGGAGCGUGUUGGCCUCUGACUGCGGUCUUGACAUCAUGCGUUGCUUUCUGGGCUGGUGUGGCUAG